GUGGGAGAAUCAGUCUCUACCAACAUGUUGACUAUAAUCCUAAGUGUGGUUUUGGGUGCGCUCAUUUAUUACAAAUUAAUAAAACCGGCCAGUUUUUGGGACGAAAGAAACAUCACUCACGCUUCAGCAUGGCCUCUGAUUGGAAGUAUGUGGGAAUCGGUUAUUCAAAAGAAGAAUUUCAAUGAAAUAUCUAGCGAUUUCUACAAGAAAUACCCAAACGAUCGAUACGUGGGUUACAUGCAAUUUUCAAACCCAGUUCUCCUAAUCAGAGACUUGGACUUGAUUAAACAAAUUGGAGUGAAGGUCUUUGAUAAUUUUCACGACCAUCUUGCCAUAACUGGUAUUAAAACUGAUCCUUUGUUCAGUAAAAGUCUAAUUGUUUUACGAGGAGAGGAAUGGAAGCAAAUGAGGGCGACUUUAAGCCCGGCUUUCACUAGCAGCAAAAUGAAAAAUAUGUAUCACUUGAUUUACGAAUGUGCCGAAAAUUUCGCCAAACAUUUUCAAGACGAGAAAAAAAAUGUCGAAGUGAAGGAUAUUUUUUCGAAAUUUACCAACGAUGUGAUCGCAACCGUAGCUUUUGGAAUUCAAAUUAAUUCUCUAAAGGAGCCAAACAACGAGUUUUACUCGAUGGGAAAAUUACUGACUACGUUUAAAGGUUUUGAACUAAUGAAGUUUUUUUUUGCCCUAGCACUUCCCCAAAUUUUUGAGCUUACCAAAUUAAGUUUAUUCAAUCAAAAAGUUACAAACUUCUUCAGAAAUAUUAUUAUUGACAAUAUGCACAAACGUGAAAAAGACGGAAUUGUUCGGCCCGAUUUGAUUCAUUUAUUAAUGGAAGCCCGUAAAGGCAAACUUAAACAUGAUAACAGUAAUGAAGGUGGUGAUGGUUUUGCCACAGUUGAAGAGUCGGAAAUUGGCAAAAAUUCCAAAAAAAUGGAACUAACAGACGACCUAAUGGUUGCUCAAGCUUUGCUCUUCUUUUUCGCUGGUUUUGAAACGAUUUCGACCGGUUUCAGUUUCAUGGCUUAUGAAUUGGCCACAAAUCCUGACGUUCAGAAGAAACUACAAAAGGAAAUAGACUUGACACUGCAAGAAAAUCACGGAAAAAUUUCGUACAACGUGCUACAAUCGAUGAAAUAUCUGGACCAAGUUGUGUGUGAAAGUUUACGACUUUGGCCACCGGCUCCCCAAACCGAUCGUUUCUGCAACACCGACUUUGUUCUUGAACCAACAAAACCACACGAAAGACGGUUUACGAUUGAAAGAGGUGUUACAAUAAUUAUCCCGAUUUAUGGAAUACAUAGAGACCCUGAGUACUUUCCAAAUCCGGACAAAUUCGAUCCUGAGCGGUUUAGUGACGAAAAUAAGGCCAAAAUUGUGCCAGGGACUUAUAUGCCGUUUGGUGUCGGUCCAAGAAAUUGCAUUGGUUCGAGGCUUGCUUUGUUGGAACUGAAAACGCUAUUCUUCCACUUGUUAUCAAAAUGUGAUAUUGUGACGAACAGCAAGACGGUAAUUCCGCUUAAAAUCAGCCCAAAUAAUGGGAAUAUUACGCCAAAAGAGGGAAUCCAUCUAACAUUCAAGCCCAGAAACGUGGCCUAAUUAAAAGACCGUUCCAUAAAUUUAUAAAUCAAUUGUAACAAAUGUAAUAAAAAUAAAUAAAAUUUUUAUAAGUU